GAGGUUUUCUCGUGCUUUCGGAAGUCUGAGGUCUUCUGCCAGCAUUCCGUAGAUGUUCCGUGCGAGUCGUUCCACUUGUAGAUAUCACCAGGCGGUCCUUCAGGACGGAGUGGACAUCGGAUGGUGGCCUGGAAGAGACAGUUAAUCCUUUUUGGUGGCUUCCAUGAGAGUACAAGAGAUUACAUCUAUUACAAUGACCUGUAUGCCUUCAACCUGGACGCCUUCACGUGGAGCAGGCUGUCCCCGUCCGGGACGGGGCCCACACCCAGGUCAGGCUGCCAGCUGACCGUCACCGCCCAGGGCAGCCUCGUCCUCUACGGGGGCUACUCGAAACAGAGAGUCAAGAAAGACGUGGACAGAGGUACCCAGCACUCCGACAUGUUCCUGCUGAAGGCUGAGGAGGGAAGAGAAGGCAGGUGGGCCUGGACUCGGGUCAACCCUUCCGGAGCCAAGCCCACCCCAAGGUCCGGCUUCUCGGUGGCUGUGGCCCCGAACCAUCAGACGCUGCUGUUUGGGGGUGUGUGUGAUGAGGAGGAGGAGGAGAGCCUGGAGGGCCACUUCCUCAACGACCUGCACUUCUACGACCCCGUCAGGAACCGCUGGCUCGUGGGGCGGCUGAAGGGGCCGAAGGUGGAGAAGAAGAGGCGCAGGCGGGGCAGAAAAGGGGAGCCCAGGGGUGCCAGCAAGCAGGAGAUGAAGGGGACCGGGGCCCAGGAGCCCCUGCUGGUGGUCAGAGAGCUGGUGGCAGAGGACGGGACCGUGUUCACCAUCCAGCAGGGGCUCGCUGCCCUGGGCCCGGCAGGACAGCCUGCGUCCGACGACGACGACGACGGCCCCGGCGAGGCGGGGGUCCCCGCGGUGGAGCCCAGCCCCCGCUCCAGCGCCAUGCUGGCCGUGAAGCACGGGCGCCUCUACCUCUAUGGGGGCAUGUUUGAGGCUGGCGACCGCCAGGUCACCCUCAGCGACUUGUACUGCCUCGACCUUCACAAGAUGGAGGAGUGGAGGGUCUUGAUGGAGAUGGAUCCAGAAUCUCAGGAGUGGCUGGAGGAGACGGACUCGGAGGAGGACAGCGAUGCGGCCACGGGCGCCGAGGACGGCGGGGAGGAUGAGGAGGACAAGGACAGCGGCGAGGAGGCCGGGGGCGAGUGUGCCCUGGGGCCGCGUGCGGCCACAGCCGGAGCUGAGAAGGAGCAGCCUCGGGGCCGGCCCGCAUCCCCAGGGCUCACAGCUCAGGGCACCUCUCCGCCGGAGCCCUCAUUUUUAUCGAGCAGCGCCCCUCGGCGGCACCCGGCGAGCCCUUCGCAGACUCCCUGCCCAGGACCGAGCAGUAGAAGCUGGCACGGACCACGCCGGGCCCCAGAGAGGAGAGUGCUGAGAGCCGCCCGGGCCGUGGCCACGGCUUCCUCUGAUGACUCGGCCUGAGCCGCACACCAGCCAGAGCUUAGACUGAGGGGGUGGGGUUCUCUGCCCUCGGCGCGCUGCGCGCGGUGUAAAAAUAAACUGGACUUGGCAGGGGGCUGCUGCCGCCAAGGUGGUCUUCUGGGCCGCCUCCGGGCCCCGGUGGUUCUGGCGGGGCCUCUGGCUGGGUCGGGGCCGAGCUGAAGGCGAGGGGGAGCCGCCUCCACAGCCGGCGGCACCUUGAUCAUGAAGUGGAACGCUGCGGGCUUUGCAGGGUCCCCUCGGCAAAACUAGGAGACAGGUUCUGCCCGCCUGCACGUUCAGCCGACUCUUUGAUUUUCAAAAAUUAUCGGUAGCCGCCCACUGCCUCCUGUAUGCGUUUUCUCGGUUCUCGGGAGAAUAAAGCGCCUGUUGUGGGCUGGUCUGCUCGCUCUGCCACGUGGCUUUGCCUGGGGUCUCUCGGAGUGCCGUGUGCCCAGCUCCUCUGGCCGCUCCCCACCUUUGGGGAGGAGGUGGUGGAGCUGUGCUCUGCCCUCUCCCCUUCAGGCUCAAGGUCGGCAUUCGCACGGCAACAGAAGAGGACAGGAAGCCGGAGGGCGGGCCCCACUGUCCCCACGCGGCCUCGCCGUCCCGUGCCGGGCACGUCUGGGUCUGCGGUGCGUGGGUGCGUUCACUGGUGCCUGCUCCAGGGUUAAUGGCAGGAGGCCGCUCCUCGUUUAUGUAAUUGGGGCAGAGCUUGGGCUUUGAAUUCACGCCAGGUGAAUUCGUCUUCAUCUAAAAUAUCAUCAGUAACAAGAAGGCAGGAUUCUUAGUUUUCAGUGAGGGGCCGAGCAGCCCGUCAUUACCUUGAACGGGUCGUCCUGCUCAUUACUUGGAAGUUAAAAGUGGAGAGUGGGCACACCCACCCCAGCAGAGCGGGCCCAGGCCCGGGAAGGCUUCAGUGGAAGGUCGAGGCCAGCUUGCCCAGAAGCAGCCCCUCACCCCAAGCAGCACUCAUUUUCUCGCCGAGCUCGGCUCCCGCACCUCUGGCCGUGUGACCUCACUCGUCAGACUUCUCCCGCUUGACUGCACGCGGAUCAGAAAUAGGAAGCUCUCUCCUCGCCUCUGCCCACCAGAGCCUCCCUCUGGUACGGGGCCUGGCAGAGCCCACGGGGGUCCCGGUCACAGGGCUUGGGCAGACGCAGGCCGUGUGUGGUGGAAGGGCAGGCGCUCCGGCUGCAGCAUCUUACUUGCGGCUCCCUGUGGGUUCUGGGGCAGGUGGGCAGGGCUCAAAGCCAGGCUGGAUGCCACGGCAGGCCCGCGGGGGCCACAGAGGCCCUCCCGGUACCUGCCCUGAGUGGUCGCGAUGUGGGGCCCAGGCAUACAGCUCCCGCUGUCUUGGCCGCUGCCUUGGGAGGAGGUGGCUGGGAGAGCGUCGGCCCCAAUGUAGGCUUCUGUUCCCGGGGCCGUUGUUAUUACAGAGGAGGCUGCAAGCAGGUGAGACUCCAAGGAAGGUAGUUUGGAAUCAAACAAGUCGACAAAGAAAUGACAACCCCCCGAAGAAACUUACGUUUUGCUCUCUGCUUUGCUGUCCUGUCCACGGGGUUAUUGCUGAGGGCGCCGUGUGAGUGACAGAGGAAGAAAAGCACAAGCUCCACACAAGGAGCUGCCUCUGCCGUGCGACCCCCGUGAAUAAAGCGUCCCUCCGUGGGACAGUGGCGGGGAGAGGUGGGCGUACG